CUCGUAUUGUAUAAAUUAAAACUCUAACUUGUUGCGACAUUGAAUUGUUGAAAUUUAUAACGGCGAAGCGAGCGAUCGAUCAAACUACAAUUCCGUCGAAUUUAGAUCAGCACACGCACUCAAUUUCUAUAGAAUUUUGAUUUGCGGGAAUUGGGAAAUUUAGUCAUUACAAAAAUCUAUAUAUAUAAAGAUGCUAUUCCAUUCCAUAAUCACAUUGUUCGAUAAACAGUGUUCAGUGUCGUUUGCAUACAAAUACAGUGUUAAUGAAGUAUUUAAUCAACGACGAAAUGGGUUUGACACAAUGUUGUAUUAUAAUUUUGUGCUUUGCGAGCGUCUUUUCGAAGUCUAUUAAUAUUUCAAGUUGUGGUGAGAGUGAGACACAACCCUUAAUAGAGAUCGGUAGUAAAUAUUAUCUAAUAAAUUCUGCUACUGCGAUGAAUUGGUUCAAUGCGGCGCUUUAUUGUCGCAACUAUGAUAUGGAUUUGGCCGUAAUUGAAUCGGCAGCUGAGAUGAAUGCACUGAGUUCCUAUCUAACCACGAAUGAAGGUUACGUUAGCCUUUAUUUCUGGCUUGGUGUCACCGAUUUGGCCGAAAAACGUAAAUUUAUGUCACUUAAAGACGGACGUCCAGUGCUCUAUGCUAAAUGGGUAAAGGGUCAACCAAAUGACGCUGGUCAAAAUGAGAAUUGUGUACAUCUUCAGGCUUUUGAUAAAAUAUUCUAUAUGACUGUUAAAAAUUGUAUGAGUUAUUUUCAUACCAUCUGUGAGGUGCGGCAAUCGAAGAAGACUUGUGACAUGUGGGAUUUGAAAAAAUUUAUGGAAAGAUAACACGCAACAUGCAACAUGCAACAUACAAACGGUCGAAAUUAGUCAGGUGGAAGUACCAGUUUUACAAAUAAAAUCGUUGUUACAUAAUGGUACUCUGGUUUUAAAUAUUUGUUGUUGUUGGUGUCAAGAAAGUAAAGAGAUUGAGUAAGAUUCGAUGCAAAAUUAA